AAAAAACUCAGGCAUAGAUAUAGAUACACUUCCAUACACACACUCUCUCUCACACAUUGCACACACUAAUCAUUCUCUCUCUCUCUCACACACACACACACACACACACUAAUCAUUCUCUCGCAUCACACACUAGAAAAAACUUGGAAAUGCAGGCUUCUGUUUCGUCUCUCUACACACCACAUCCCCCACACACCAUUUUCCGAUCAAAUUCAGAUAUCCAAUUUUGCGGUCUCCGGCGAGAGGCGUUGGGGUUUCAAUCGAUCUCGCAAUUCCGGAAUGGCGAGUCUCACAGGAUCGGAAUUGUUUCGACGAAGCCGCGCUCGGGGAAGCUGACGGUUUUUUCGGCUUCAGCUGCAGCUGACAAUGGAAGCCGCCGUGCGACGUCGUUUGAUUAUGAUCUAGUUAUUAUUGGAGCCGGUGUUGGCGGUCAUGGGGCUGCAUUGCAUGCUGUUGAGAAAGGUCUUAAAACAGCUAUUAUCGAGGGCGAUGUGAUGGGAGGAACUUGUGUAAACAGGGGAUGCGUUCCUUCUAAAGCCCUACUUGCAGUAAGUGGUAGGAUGCGUGAACUUCAAGACGAGCAUCACAUGAAAGCUUUGGGUUUGCAGGUAGCAGCUGCUGGAUACGACAGGCAGGCAGUGGCUGACCAUGCGAAUAAUCUUGCUUCAAAGAUUCGUGGUAAUCUGACUAAUUCGUUGAAGGCAAUUGGAGUAGACAUUCUAACAGGAUUUGGCACCAUAGUGGGUCCUCAAAAGGUCAAAUAUGGAAAGGUUGGGUUUUCUGAGAAUGUGGUUACUGCAAAAGACAUAAUUAUUGCCACGGGUUCAGUUCCUUUUGUCCCGAAAGGAAUUGAAAUUGACGGGAAGACUGUAAUCACUAGUGAUCACGCUCUUAAAUUGGAAUUUGUUCCAGAUUGGAUUGCCAUAGUAGGAAGUGGUUAUAUUGGUCUCGAGUUUAGCGAUGUUUAUACUGCUCUUGGUAGUGAGGUUACCUUUAUUGAAGCUAUGGAUCAACUAAUGCCUGGGUUUGAUCCUGAGAUAGGCAAGUUAGCUCAAAGAGUUCUAAUAAAUCCACGGAAAAUUGAUUAUUAUACUGGAGUAUUUGCAACCAAGAUAACUCCAGCAAAAGAUGGAAAACCGGUGACUAUCGAGCUUAUUGAUGCCAAGACAAAAGAAGCGAAAGACACAUUGGAGGUCGAUGCAGCACUAAUUGCAACAGGAAGGGCUCCAUUUACCAAAGGCCUAGGGCUGAAUAAUAUUAAUGUAGAGACUCAACGGGGUUUUGUUCCUGUUGACGAUCGCAUGAGAGUAAUUGAUGCAGAUGGAAAUCUGGUCCCACAUGUAUAUUGCAUAGGUGACGCGAAUGGUAAACUGAUGCUCGCCCAUACAGCAAGCGCACAAGGAAUUUCUGUCAUUGAACAACUUACCGGAAAAGAUUAUGUGCUUAAUCAUUUAAGCAUACCAGCAGCUUGUUUCACUCAUCCUGAAAUCAGUAUGGUUGGGUUGACUGAGCCACAAGCAAGGGAAAAAGCUGAAAAGGAGGGAUUUGAGAUAAGUAUUGCAAAAACAAGUUUUAAGGCCAACACCAAGGCCCUAGCUGAAAACGAAGGGGAAGGACUCGCAAAGUUGAUAUACAGACCUGACACUGGCGAAAUUCUCGGGGUCCACAUUCUUGGGAUGCACGCUGCAGACCUCAUACACGAAGCGUCGAACGCUAUAGCAUUAGGCACACGAGUUCAGGACAUUAAGUUUGCUGUCCAUGCACAUCCAACCUUGUCUGAAGUUCUCGACGAGCUAUAUAAAUCAGCAAAGGUAAACCCCCAUGUUUCUAAAUCGGUUAGCGAACCAGUUUCUGUGUAGAAGUGAGCUUUUGAACCAGUAGUAAGGUUCGAUAUCAAACGGUUAGUAAAACAGUAUUGAAUUUUUUUUUAUACCUAAUAAUCGAGAGUUAGUUCAUGAGUCAUUGGACAAUUUUUAACAUCAUUCAUUAGGUUCGUCUUCUAUAUAAUUUAUUAUUAGUGGAAUGUUCAUAAAUCAUAACACGAAGCCAAUGCAUCUAAUCAAUUUUUUUUUUA